UUAUUAUUUGGUUCAUGUCAGUAAUCUGUGGUAGCUAGCUAGCUACGUUACAUUCUAUCGUGUGGCAAUCAAUUAACUACCGAGGUUGCUAACUGGCCUUACUAGAAUAUAUUAGAACUUUAAAUGUGCUUUUCAUAAAAUUGAACAUUCGUUGCAGUAUAAUUAUUUAUUGGCGAAUGUCUAGCCAGCGAUACAUGAAAAACAAAUUUGGAAGAGAGUCCUGUACUACUAUGGAGUGGAUGAGGGGCGUGACUCAUCCCCAGUGUAGCGUGUUGUGAGAGACCGCCAGAGACCCAGAAGACUCGGCUCCUGCCUUCCCAGCCUAAGCCCAGCAGCUUCCUGCAUGGCCUCCAGCUACCCCCCUCCUUUUGAUGCCCCAGGGGAGGUAAAGGAGGGCUUCCUGUGUCCACUGUGCCUGAAGGAUUUGCAGUCCUUCUAUCAGCUGCAGGAUCACUAUGAGGAGGAGCAUGCGGGCGAGGACCGCCAUGUCAGGGGCCAGCUGAAGAGUCUUGUGCAGAAAGCUAAGAAAGCCAAGGACAAGUUGUUAAAGCGGGAUGGGGAAGACCGUGCAGAUUCCGGGACCUAUGAAUCCUUCUACUAUGGGGGAGUGGACCCCUAUAUGUGGGAGCCCCAGGAACUGGGGGCAACUAGAAGUCACCUUGAAAGCUUCAAGAAACAUCGGGCAGCAAGAAUUGACCACUAUGUCAUUGAAGUCAAUAAGUUAAUCAUCAGAUUAGAAAAGCUUACAUCAUUUGACAGAACCACUACAGAUGCCGCCAAAAUUAGAGCAAUUGAGAAGUCUGUUGUUUCGUGGGUGAGCGACUCAGAUGUGCCAUUUUGCCCAGACUGCGGGAACAAAUUUAACAUUCGUAAUCGACGGCACCAUUGUCGUCUCUGCGGGUCCAUCAUGUGCAGGAAAUGCAUGGACUUUGUGCCACUCCCACUGGCACAUAAGCUGACGACGGGCACCAGGGAGGCGCUGUGUGCCCCGGGCAGCCCAGGCCUGUCCCAGUCCCAGUCCAUGUCAGCAGGGGGCAGUACGCCAGGUUCACGCCGUGGCAGCAUCAGCAGCCUGAGCAGCGUCAGCUCCAUGCUGGAGGAGAAGGACGAUGACCGCGUCCGCUGCUGCCGCCACUGCAUGGACACCCUGCUGAGGAGGCAGCAGAAACUGGAAGAGAAAGACCACGUACCCGACAUUGUCAAGCUCUAUGAGAGGCUGAGGCUCUGCAUGGAUAAGGUGGAUGAGAAGGCCCCAGAGUACAUAAAAAUGGCAGAAUCUUUGAAUUCUGGGGAGACUACGUACAAUCUAGAACAUGCUAAUGGCCUUCGAAUGGAAGUGCAGAAAUAUUAUGAACUGAUUGACGCACUAAGUAAGAAGAUUCUGACCCUGGGCAUGAAAGAGGAACCCCCGCCACACCCAAAGACCCUACAACUGCAAAGAAUGGUCAGAUAUACAGCCACCCUUUUUGUACAGGAAAAGCUGCUAGGGUUGAUGUCUCUGCCUACAAAGGAGAAAUAUGAGGAGCUCAAGGAGAAGAGGAAACAAGAACAGGAGAAGAGGCUACAGCUGGAGAGACAGGCUGCAUUGGAAGCACAGAAGAGAAGGUCAGAAAUGGAGAAGUCUCGCUCUAUGGCCAACACAAAUGGAGAAGCCGUCCAGCCACCAAAGCCAGUGAUGACCAAAGCUGGAGGCUGGCUGCCCUCCUCCAGUGUGCUGCACACCAGAGAGUUCCAGGACCCUCUACUACAGCAGAUAGACAACAUCCAGUCCUUCCUCCAACAAGCCCGCACAGCCCAGCGCACUGAUGAGGUGGCCAUGCUGGAGGAGAACCUGCGGCAGCUGCAAGAUGAAUACGACCAGCAGCAGACCUCGCUGGCCAUCCAGCUGUCCAAGAAGAUGGCAGAGGAGGAGAACCUACAACAGGAGCAGCUUCACUUCCUGCAGGAGAGGGAGGAACAGCAGAGGGCCUCCAUGCGCACCCGUGCAUGCUCCCUGGACUUCAGGGAUACACAGUCUGUCCAGGGUGGGGAAGAGUAUGGGGGCCAGCACGUUGGAGGUUUGGGCAGCACCAAGACAAAGAUCAGCCCUCUCUCAAAAACCCAGUCCAUGAAAGCUUUUGACUACUUGCCAAGCCGGGAAGAAUCACCCCCUCCACAGAGGCAGCAAGAUGAACCACAACCCCAUGCUUCAAAAGAACAAAACAAUGCCCCAGCUCCCUCCCUAAAUCCAUUUGAAGAAGAGAACUCCACCCCAAUUGAGGAAGAUCCAUUUAAUCCAUUUGCAGAAGAGAUCUUGAAAGAACACUCUCAAAAAGAGGUCCCCAAUGGCAAGGAAUAUAACCCCUUUGAAGAUGACAAAGAGGAAGAGUGCACCACAGGGCAAGGAGUCACAGGGCCUGCAAACCCCUUUGAGGAUGAGGAGAAUGAAGGGAACCCUUUCAGCGAGGCCUCUAAUUCCAAGGUGCAAGCCAUCAAACCAGGGAUCUCUACCAACCCCUUUGAGGAGGACAAUGAACCAGACAUCAUAGAAGAGGAGCUUCUGCUUCAGCAGAUUGAUAACAUUCGGGCGUAUAUCUUUGAUGCCAAGCUGAAUGGGCGCACAGACGAGGUCGAGCUGCUCUCGGAGAACCUCCGGGAUUUGCAACGCACCCUGCAGGAGCAGAGGAGUAAGACGCAGUGAUUGUUGUCUAAUAGGGCUGGUGCUUUUGGCUAUGUCUUCGUUGAUUCCUGUGGUGGAAUUCAUUUAACACACUGUAGUUGUCCAUUUGAGCGUGUUUUGGUCUCUCACAUUUAGUUUUCUCACAGAGAAGCACAAUGUUGGAAUGAAACAAACAUCUCAUUCUUGUUAGUCACAGUAGGAAAUGAAGCUUGUAAAGUCCUCUGAAGUGUUGAAGAUUAGUAAUGAGCUAUCUGAGCUUCAGUGUCUUGCCCUAAAUUUAUUUCUGUGCGUACAGAACAUCCCUGUGUUACCUGAUGGGUGUUGAGCCGAUAACAGAACAAAUACUGUACUUUUCAGCAUUUUUUCUGCAUUAAAAAAGGCAAGUUAUAGCAGCCUAUGGAAAAUAAACUAGAAUUGUAAGACUGAAUAUUACUUAAAAAUAGAAAUCAGUUCCAAUUUCAUAACCUGUAAGAUUUUUGAGAUCAUUCACAUCAUGUGAAUGACUAUAGAAAAUCCAACAAAAAACAAGCAGUUCUGUACUGUGAAGUCUGUUUUUUAAACCUUUUGGCACUUGUGAUAGCUGUCUCCCACUAGCACUGACUGUUUGCAUUCACUGACAAAUAACUGAUUUCUUGUGACCUCCAAUUAACUUCAUGAUGAUGCACAUCUGUUUGAUAUCUUCAACAGUUGUUUGUGUGCAUGUCUGAGUGUGGAUGACAGCUAUGUUCUCAACAGUUAACGUGUUUUCCAUGUUAUUCCACGCUUUGGUUAUAUGUGGUGCAGAACCACUCAGUAUGGCCACCAUUCAUUUAUCUUCUUUUAUGGACCUCCAUGCAGAGAAAAUCUGACUCAUUCUAGGUUUUCUACCAAUUUAAAUGUGUAGGAGGGAUGGGGAUCAUCCAAACUUUUAAUCAUCCUUUGGAACUGGCUAGAUUUUAGGGUACUAGACUACACAACCAAAAUAAUGUCCAGAUAUUCCAUAUACCAAUUUAAAAUGCUACAAAAAUGCUGAUUUGGUUUAAAUCACACAAGAAAUGUUGAGAAGACAGUCUGGAAAAUCUAACAAGAGAUUUUCAACUGACAAGACAUUGAACUUAACCACUCUUACAGACAGCAUCUAGAAACACAGAACAUUAAAAAUAUAAUGCUUGUUCAUCUUUCCCUAUGGGCAUCUAGCUAGCUUUUGAAUGUCGUGUUUACAGUACUGUUUCCAUAUUAAGCUGUUUCAAGGGCAACAGAAGGGUUAAGGACUCUGAGUGAACAUUGUUAUUCCAAAGAACAGAACUGAAAGUUGAAAUAUUGCUUUGCUAUAUACAGUGCUCCCACGUUAUACGGCCAGUUAAAAACCAAGGGCUAAAUUUGGAAAUGAAAAGAUGGGGCACAAACUGCUUCAUAGAACUGCAGUGCAUUAGCUAUAUGUAAUAAAACAAAAAAAACAUAGUCCUACCAACAUUUUUGCCCUAACAAAUACACUUAUGUGGCUUCACCAGUUGACUGAACAGUGUUUCCUUAUAUUUGGGUAGUUACUUGUAGUAUGGAUUGUGUGGAUGUCUCUACGUUAGGAAUUCCUGGUGGGAUAACGGAUGUGGGGUGGGGGGUAGUAUAGCACGGUAGCACUGUAUAUGUGUGUAUGUACACACUCACAUUUAUGUGGGGCAGCCUUUCCAAAAUGUGGGCCAUGGCCCUCUAGUGACUAAUGGAAGCAGCUGACAGUUGAAAGAAAAAACACUAUGAUACUUUCAACUGCCUUUCAGACGAGUUGGAUUAAAUAAUACACUUAAUACAUGUACAUACACUGAUCUACUGCAGUUUUGACACAUGCUAAUAAAAAAAACAUUUAAUUCCAUUUUUUAACAUAUGGCAGACUAUAUUUCAAUAAAGGGUGGGUGGGGUCACGGAACAUGCGUUCACUCUUUGUCAAUAAUGAGUUCAGUACGUUCAAGGACCCCUGAUGUAGGAGAUGAAUACAAUAGAAAAUGUAACCAAAUUAUCUACAGUUCAGUGCUUUUCGAGGUUUGGAUCAGGUAGAAUUACUCAUUCCUUGUCUUGUUCCUUAACAUUGUCCAAAAAUAUAAAUAUACCUGGAGACACUGGAUGUGGAAGCCGUUCUUUCUCGAUCAUGCACAACUGCUUCAUAUUUCAGAAAAUGAACACAUUUUACACCUGCAGCCAAAAAUGCAAGUUUGUAUGGCAACGGUGCUCAAGAGGGCAUGACGGAGGACAUGACAAAUGAAUUUAUCUCAUUAUUAUUGUAUGCAUGAGGUGUCUGGCCUGAGAUUGGAUCAUCUUACUGAUGGCUUUGUCUGUUUUUUGGUAUAGUAGAACUGAUAGCUGUUUUACUUAUUCUCUUUGUUUUAACAUAGGAAAAUGUAAUGCUGAACACUAAACAAAAAGUAUUAUAUAUACCAUUGGCAAGACCAUGUGUCUCCUUUGAAAGUGCUUUUCUGUCUAACAGUGCUGACUUUGGUUUACUAACAUUUAGAUUUUUUUCCCCUCCGCUGAACAGUAUUUCACCUGUCCCUGAUGCUCCACUUAAACACUACUGCAUUAUGACUGAAUAGAGAACAGUACAUUUUGUUAUAAAAAAAAGUUAAAUACAGUAGAAUGUAUUUGUGAUAAAGGUAAAUCAUUUGAAAAGAAACUAAUGAUAAAGUUGCCUGUACUGCAUUGGUAUCAACAGGGUCAGUCAUUCUGCACUAAUAAAACUGGCUUAUGCUCAAAAUGUAAAA